GCUUGGCUCGUGCGUAAAAAUAAUCGGUUGAUAUCUGUAAUUUGUGUUUAUUAUUUUAUAAUUUUCACAAAAGUACUGAAUUGUCUACUAUUUGUUGUGGCGACAUAUGAAACAGUGGGUGCCAGACCAACAUAGAAAAUCAUGUCACAACUACUCCGUCAAGUAACUUUACUAACCUGUCGCACUCCCAUCGCACAGUCACAGCGUUUUCGUGGUAAAAUCAAUAUUCAACGUCCACGCGCGCCACACUAUGAACGUGCCAAAGUGCUUGCCGUCGCUCAAUCAUUGCAGCCGGUGGAGGAGAUUGACAAGUCGGUAGCAUGCUUUACACGUCGUCAACGCGAUGCAGAUUUAGAGAAUCCAUACGUUACGGUUAUAGCGCGAGAAGUACGCAAUUGGUUGGAACAUUCACGCAUGGUUGGUUUCUAUCACUUGAAUUCCAUCAAACAAGAUGAUCUCUUCGAAGUGCGCGUAAAAUUGCACAAGCAAAAUAUGCACCUUAAGGCAUAUGGCAAACAGAUUGUGCGCAAAGCUGUUGAGGGCACACGUUUCGAAGCUAUUCUACCACUCUUUGAAAGCAACAACUGUAUAGUAUUUUCGCCCGAUCAGCAGGUUGGGCAGCUCUUGCGUAUAACUCGUCGGGUACCGCAAAUGCUAUUGUUGGCGGGCAUAGUUGAUGAGCGACUACUAAGUCGAAAUGAGUUUGUUGCCUAUUCACAACUGCCUGGCCUGCAAGCAGUACGGGGUGAACUGGCACAAACUCUUAAUAUGGCAGCUGGUCACUUAGUGCAACAAUUGGAAACACAUCAGAAGAAUUUGGUAAAUGUGCUUGAUGUGCAUGCAAAGGGCAAAGCAGAAGAAACCGAACCUGCCAAGGAUGCAACUGAGACGGAGAAGGCGUGAAAUUAAUUUACGUGUAUGUUUAGUGUUUAAAGUUUAAAUAUGUUAAAACAAAAAGAAAACGAAAUGAAUAUAAAAAAUUUGGCCGCUAAGUCAAAAAAAUUAAUCAAAA